AGGUGACUUGAAUUUCCCCAUUUCUUGAUUACAGCAACCCAUGGCUCGCAAUUCUUUGAAUUGCUGUUCCUCUUAUUCUACGCGCGCACCUUGCCCGGUCGAUCUUCGUCAUGGCCCGCAAAUUGCAUCCUGUAACAGCGCUUGCCUACUAUUCCCUCCCAGUACCCUCCUCAGUCCUCACUGCCUUAUUUGAAGGAAAUGCAUCCGCUAAAACAUAGAACCAUGCUCGCCACUACAUUAAAAUGCACAUUUUGGUCAAACACUUUCCCAACACACAACCCUUUUAAUCCAAGAAAGCCUUUUUCUGCUUCUGCUGUAAAGUAUCCCAACCAAGAAGAAACGCCUGCACAAAAGCCAGCACAAAUAGUACACUGGUCCGGUCUUGACAACUGGAGAAGUAGCCCUCUUAAUCACAACCGUUUCUGGGGAGCCAAUGGCCCACAAACACCCCCGAUACAACCAUCAUUCUCGAAUUCUGGAGAAACCGGCGACAGUGGUUCAAUUUCAUGUUCUAUUGACUGGGGCUGUUGCUCUUCUUUAGCAGAGAUGGGGGCUGUGGUGCUAUCUACAGCUGACCCUCUUCAAAAAUCAAAGCUUUCCCACUUGGCUUACUCCAGAUGGUGCCAGGAGAGCCUUCCUGUUGGAGUCUGUGAGGCACCCUCUAAGCCUGCUCGUCCCCAGAAUCCGCAACUGGUAUCUCCAAAGGAGAUUCCAUCCCCAAAACACUCUGGUUUGCCUCUUAAUGCAUAUAUGCUGCAUAAUCUAGCUCACGUGGAACUAAAUGCGAUUGAUUUGGCUUGGGACACCGUUGUUCGCUUUUCUCCUCAUUGUGAGCAUCUUGGAGAGGGAUUUUUUGCUGACUUUGCUCAUGUGGCUGAUGAUGAAAGUCGACAUUUUGCUUGGUGUUUACAGAGAUUAGAAGAGCUUGGAUUUAGCUAUGGGGAUAUGCCAGCUCAUAAUUUGCUCUGGAGGGAGUGUGAUAAAACAUCAGAUAAUGUUGCUGCACGUCUGGCUGCAAUUCCACUUGUCCAGGAGGCCAGAGGACUUGAUGCUGGGCCUCGGCUUGUGCAGAAAAUGGUUGGAUUUGGUGAUCUUAGGACUUCAAAUAUUGUGGCUAAGAUUGCCGAUGAAGAACUUGCGCAUGUUGCAGUUGGUCUUUAUUGGUUUCUUUCAGUUUGCCGGAAGAUGGGUCGUGCGCCUUGCUCUACUUUUAAAGUCUUGCUGGAAGAGUACAAUGUAGAGAUAAAAGGACCCUUCAAUUACUCAGCUCGAGAUGAAGUUGGAAUUCCUCGAGAUUGGUAUGAUCCUUCAUUUUCAAGACAAGGAGAUGGGAAAGACGGGCUUUCUGAGGUUUACGAUAGGUUAGCAUGCAUAAUUUCUAUGGAACAAGAAAACUCAAAGAUGGACGCGUCUCGUGGAUGAAUCUUACGUUAAGAAGCUGUAUAUAAUCCAACUUCAUGAAUGUCAAACCUCAUGUGGAACAACAAAAACUUCCAUUGCCCUUCUUACUGGAUGGUGAUUAUCAAUCUUCUCUAGGAAAGCUGCCCUGCAAGGUCAUUGGCCUGGUUGUGAUGAAUUAUCUUGGCUUGUUAGUGUUUUAUAAUUCCUGGUCCAGGAUUCCCAUGAUAGCACCAGCACAACUCCAAUCAAAGACAUCCUUGCAGGUUCCCUUCUCUUGGGGUUCUUUUACGUUAAUCAGGGAUAGAAGAUACUUCGGAGCUACAAUUCGCUAUAUAGUACUCGUCCUAUGAUAUUCCUCUUAGCUGAAGUUAGCAAUUGAUGUUCUGUUA